GGCAUUAAGAUUAUUGACAAGUUGGCACAACCUAUGUAUCAUGAUAACGGCCGAGAAAAAGACUGCCUGCCACAAGUUGGCCAAUGGAAUAUGAAGAAUAAGAACUUCAUUCCAAAUCCUGUUCUGCCACUUUCGAGUACACGCCCUGAUCAGGUCGAAAGAGUCUUGAAAACUCGAUUUCAUGAUGCUAUGACAAAGUUGAAGAUGCAUGGGAGGGAGCUUUAUCUCCUGGUUGUUAUCUUGCCAGACAAUAAUGGCUCUCUUUAUGGUGAUCUGAAGCGAAUUUGCGAGACUGAACUAGGAGUUGUCUCACAGUGCUGUUUGACAAAACAUGUAUCUAGCCAAUGUAGCGCCGAAACACUGUGCUUGUUGAUGCAAUAUCGAGGCGAAUUUCCCUUGUCAGCGACAGUCCUACCAUUAUUUUUUGGUGCAGAUGUCACCCACUCUCACCCUGGGGAGGACUCAAAAUAGGAAACUUAAUGACAAGGCAACAACAUGCCAACCAGCAAAAACCACAUAUAUGUUCAUUUGUGGAUAUUCAACGAGGUAACGAAAAAUACAACAUCCAGACUUUACAAAGUAGAUGCACAAAAACCACCGAAAGCUUUAAAGCUUAUCAUUAAAACCAGGCUGAUCCAUAAAGACGAUAGCUUUCUGAAGGACCUUGUUCCUGUCGCAGUCAUGAAAAGAGAAGCAAUCCUUAUAGAAGAGUUUCAUAAGGAUAAGGAUUACGAGUGUUGUUUUUAAACAGCUCCAAUUCCAAAUGUGCUUUCUAAGGAAGUUCUAUCGGGUUGAUGGAGACCGUUAUUCAACUGAAUAUUUCAUGUUUUUAGUUUGUAAUCCAAAUAUCAAGUGGUAAGAACAUUUAAAGUGACAGAAAUCUAGAUUGCGAUGAACUUGAACAUUUUGUGAAUACAUUGUAGGACGCCUAUCUAUUGUGGAGCUUUAAAAUGUUUUCUUUAUUUCCUUCUUUUCUGCUACUGUAUCUUUUGAAAAUUGAAUUUUCUAUCAGUAUUUCAUGUUC